UUUCCUCGGUUCAUUGUCCCCGUCUCACGUCACGGAAAGAUUGGGAUUAUAUAUAUAUAUUUUUUUUUAACCAAACGUGAAAACUCGACCGUGCUUUGUGUCCUACAAUAUCGCCUCGGUUUGGGUUGUUAUUGUGACGGAAUGAGGAAUGCAGAAUGGACUAGGACGCGUGCACCACCAUCAUCAUCAUCAUCAUCAUCCUCACCACCGCCACCACCAUCAUCAUCUUCAUCACCAGCGUCUCUCCUACUGUUGUGUUUUUUUUUGUGUUAAGACAAUGUUUUGAUAUCGUCUUGUGCAACAUGACCGGACGGCUCAAACGUCAGGUUUCUACAACACCGCACUUGUACUUUGUGAGUUAGCCGGUGUUUACUUUUACCUUCUGGACCAAAACAGACAAUACCGACUUUUGUUUGUUUUUUAAAUGACCUCGAAGAGUUUUCUCAGACCGUUCAGAACAAGAAAUUUAUCUUUACAAACGUUUUUAUUGCCUGUUUUACCAUCUAUACUACGAUUUUGUAGACCGAGUGUAGACAUGUAGCGUUGCAUCACUGGAGUGAAUAGUUUUUGUUUUUUGUUUGUUUGUUUGUUUUGUUUUGUUUUUGUUUGUUAGUUUAUUCCGCGUAACUUUUAACUUUUUUUAAAAAACUUUUUUCUUGAAUUCCUAUUGGGUGAUAAGUAGAUCACGUAGUAACCAAUGUUUGAGUUUUGAUCUUGAUCUUGUGCUCUGGAUAACUACAUUGAGUUUAGUUUCUUUUGUUUUGCUGUAUUAGUCUGCUAGCAGUGAUGAGAUGAAACUUUGUGUGAAAACGUCUAGCUUGUGUUUGUGCAGAAGUGCUGGCUAAGUGCAUGGGAGAUGAGCUGAAUCCUCAACACACACAAGCGAAAAGGAUUUGUUCCAACUUUGUCUUCGCUUUCUGGCACCACGAGAGAGGUUACGAUGUCACUGAAAGCUAUAGCACUUUACACUUUCCAGAGUGAAAACAAAGAGGAGAUCAGCAUACAGGAGAAUGAAGAGCUGGUGAUUUUUGACGAGAACUCUGUAGACGGUUGGUUACAGGGUGAAAACAGCCGUGGGGAGAAAGGCCUCUUCCCCGCCUCGUACGUAGAGAUAAUUCGGCCACGUUCCAACUCGAACCUGACUGACUACUCUCUAAGCCCUGCAGGCUCCCCUGGCAAAGAGGCCUUCUUCACCCCGAGUACCAACACCACUUAUUACGAUGACGACUACGACGACUGGGACGACUGGGAUGACAACUCCACGGUGGUCGAGGAUGAAGACCCUCGUCGGGCGGUGGGUGCCAACGGGCACGCACAGCAGAGCCAGUACCCCAACCCUAACGUGCAAUACCGUUCCAGGCCACACAUGGAGCGUCAGGACAGCAUCUCCAGUUCCAGGAAAGGCAGCAUGGUAGGGCGCAACCUCAAUCGCUUUUCCAGUUUUGUGCGCUCCGGUGUCGAGGCGUUUGUGCUCGGUGAUGUGCCUAUGAUGGCAAAGAUAGCUGAGUCAUACGGCAUCGAAAUGGGCCCACUUGGACCUCAUUGGAAGGAGAGUCCUCAGCCUUUCAGCUGCUCCAUUGAAGAUCCCACUAAACAGACCAAGUUCAAGGGCAUUAAGAGUUACAUUUCCUACAGAGUCACCCCCAGCCACACUGGCAGGCCCGUGUAUCGGCGCUAUAAGCACUUUGACUGGCUGUACAAUCGCCUGUUGCACAAAUUUACUGUCAUUUCUGUACCCCACCUCCCUGAGAAACAAGCCACGGGUCGCUUUGAGGAAGACUUCAUUGAAAAAAGAAAGCGGCGGCUCAUCCUGUGGAUGGAUCACAUGACCAGUCACCCGGUUCUGUCUCAGUACGAGGGCUUCGAACACUUCCUCAUGUGUGUGGAUGACAAGCAGUGGAAACUGGGAAAGCGUCGCGCCGAGAAGGACGAGUUGGUCGGAGCUCACUUUAUGCUCACUCUCCACAUCCCUAAAGAGCAUCAAGACCUGCAAGACGUCGAGGAGCGCAUCGAUACCUUCAAGGCCUUCGCCAAGAAAAUGGACGACAGCGUCAUGCAGCUGACGCACGUUGCGUCUGAGCUUGUUCGCAAGCAUAUCGGCGGCUUUCGAAAGGAGUUUCAGCGCCUGGGUAAUGCGUUCCAGUCCAUCAGCCAGUCGUUCAUGCUGGACCCUCCGAACAGCUGCGACGGCCUGAACAACGCCAUCUCACACACUGGUCGGACGUACGAGAACAUCGGGGAGAUGUUUGCAGAGCAGCCCAAAUAUGACCUGUUCCACAUGCUGGAUAAGCUCUCGCUGUACCAGGGCUUGCUGUCCAACUUUCCAGAUAUCAUUCAUUUACAGAAAGGUGCGUUCGCGAAGGUAAAAGAGUCCCAGCGCAUGAGCGACGAAGGGAAGAUGGAUCAGGAUGAGGCAGACGGUAUUCGGAAGCGCUGCAGGACAGUGGGCUUCGCCUUGCAGGCUGAGAUGAACCAUUUCCACCAGCGCAGGGAGGUGGACUUUAAAGACAUGAUGCAGGCCUACUUACGUCAGCAGAUCUCCUUCUACCAGCGCGUAGUGCAGCAGCUCGAGAGAACCCUGCACAUGUACGACAGCCUGUAGAUCACAACCGACGACAACAUCAUUAGGAUGCAGGAAGGCCGUGUCAAGAGCUCCUCCUGCUUCUGCACAAGAGCUGCUUCCUCUGUCUUCAACUCCUGGUUUACAAAGACACCCACAGCUGAGAAGUGACCAACGGAUUCCUGGACUUGGUCAAACCAAUAGAAUAUACAGUAUGCACACGUGGACCAAACACUAGCUCAUGCACUUAAAAUGUCACUUUCUUGACCGUCUUUCAUGGCCAAAGCGCACGAUUCUAGGGACUUGCACGGUUCCCUUGAUAAACACAUCCAUCAUUUUGUUUCUCAUAUACCAUUUAAUUUAAUUCUAUUUGCUAAAAGUAUUUUUAGAUCUUGACCUCAUCAUCAGCAGCCGUUAUUAACCCUGCUAGCACGUUCAGCACGUGGCGUAAACUAUUCAUUCAUUUUCUAGUUUAUUUUCUAAUUGAAUGAAAUUGAAAUCCGCUCAGCCGAGGAUCUAGAGCUCACUGAAUCCUGCCGUCGGAGGAGAGCGAAGUGUCCGGCUUUUAAUUUAAAAGCGCUUUCUGAAACAAAAGCUUGCGAUAGACGAACUUGAAUAAAGUUAGCCGAAGUAGCUUUCCUUUAUCAAGUAAACAAAUCAUGCUUGAACAUUUUUCAGAUGAAUACCUGGACACUGACAGAUUAUCCUGAUAAUAUUUAAACAGCUGAACGCAUACAUCCCAACCCUCUAAAUGUCCGAAAGAAUAUUUUGAAAUACUUAUAAAUGAAUUUAUAAUAGUUGCCCCGUACACUGACUGAUGAACGUACACUGUAUUAAUCAAGGGCUUUGGAGACGUGUUCAUCUUGCUUGUAGAGAAGAACAAGGUGACUCUUUAUAUAGGAAGUAUUUGAAAGAACUGCUACUUGUAGUGGUAUGUUUAUUUUCCUGUUUAUUUUUGGGUUAAAAAAUGUUCCACUUUUUUUUUGUUUUUUUUGUUAUUCUUUUCAUUUUUGUGCUGAGAUUUUAAUAAAAGUAUGUUAGCGUGCUCAGGGGUGGUGUGCUUCUGAGCAGUAGAUUGUCCUGGGACACGAUGACAUUGAUAGAUGUUAGCUGAUGAUGUUUUGCGGUGCAGAUGCAUCGUCUUGAUUCCUAUAGGUGUUACAGGUUCAGGUGAGGUUAGAGGAUUUAAUAAUGUAAUAAUUCUAUGGUUUUUUUUUUUUUUUUUUUUUUUUUAAUUGUAGCUUCAUUUGUGAAUUCGGGCUAUUUCAGGUCAUUUCUACAUUUCUCAUUUGGAGCUCUUUAUUUAUUUACCAGAUCACAAAUCAUCCAUUUCUGGCUAAAUUAGAUGCUUUUUACCACCAAAUAAACAAAACACUUUUACGGUAAAGAUUCCACGGUGGGGAUUUUGCAUCUCCUGGUCCAGCUUUAUGUAUAUGAGGUCAUGGCUCGAAUCACAAGAUCAUCAUUUGCAUAAGCAUUUUUUUUUCUCUCUCCCCUGUUUCUUCUCUGGCAUUUGGCUUUGCUUCGCAACACAGUGAAAUGUAACUGUAAUGUAGCCGAAGGAAAGCAGGAUGAUCUAUUAUGGUAUUGUAUUACUGCCAAAUGAAAAAAAUAACUGUUUGGGGGAAAAAGAAGGCCAUGGAGUGAGUCAAGACUGUUUGUGUUCAUUUGGGCAAUGAAGCACAUUCUUAGAUGGAGCUGAUUUUUUGAGUAAUGGGAAAAUCAAGUGUUGCUGCUUCAUUUGCAA